AUGCCCGAUUUAAUGGCGGACACUGCAAGAGACGUGCAAAAACAGCGCGAAAGUCUCGUUAAGGAAACUUCGUCAAGGGAAACAUCGUCAAAGGGGGAUGACAAAAUAACAGUAACAAAAUGGUUCAGUUCACUGCAGGAACGUAUGCAAGACAGGGAGUACAAAAGUAAUUUACUGCAUUCAUGGCUGAUCUCCUUGUCUUUCUUAACUUUGUGGGCCAGAUUAGUGCUACAGAUUAUUACUGGGACUGACCUGGAGGGUGCCUCGGCGUUCUUAACGGGCUUUACUGCUGGCUACAUGGCCGGGUCUCUGUUUUCUGGUGUUGUCUUCAACAAGGUUAAAACUAGGCUGCUAUUUGUUACAGGGCUUUCCGGAUGCGGUGCAGUGUCAAUUAUCGCUCCAUAUUGUAGCCAGUACACACUGAUGAUCUUCAUUCAAACAUUAAUUGGCUUUUUUGCUGGAGCUGUUGAUACAUCCGGAAACACCUGGCACAUGAAAAUGUGGAGAAGUGAGGGCAACGUUCUGAUGCAGAUUAUACAUUUUUCCUUUGCUUUUGGUGGAGUUUUAGCUCCCUUGUACACAGAGCCCUUUCUUGCUCAACGAAUGAUGGAAAAUGAAACAAGUACACGUAAUGUAACAGUUGGAAAUUCUUCUCAGUUAGAACAUGUAUCUAUUCCUCAGACAACGGACGUAAAACACGCAUACCUUAUAUCUGGCAUUCUCAUGGUCUUAGCCAGUAUACCAUUUGGCAUAUUGUUUAUUAAGCACAGAUCGUUUAAGCUACAAUCAAGCCCUAAACAAACUGCAAACGUUAAAAUUACUUACAGACAACUUCCAUGUUGUUUACAUGUGCUAAUAAUAACAACUGUAUGCGGUAUUUUAAUGGUGUAUUGCUGUGUUGAACUCACGUUUGCGUCCUAUCUUAUGCCUUUCUUGAUCAAUGAAUACGAUUCUAUGACCAAGUCAGAAAGUGUGUAUCUUAUGACUGUAUUCUGGAUCUCGUUUGCCAUUUCCCGUUUUAUAAUGAUCUUUGCAUCCAAAGUGUUGGCGUCUGUUCAGCUGUUAUCGCUCUGCCUACUUUUGAUGAUCAUUGCCUGUGUUGGAUUUAUGAUCAGUGCAAUGUAUCAGGUGGUACCGGCUAUAGCUGUGUUCACAGCUUUGGCAGGACUGGGAAUGUCAGGUGUGUUCCCUGCGGCAUUUUCCUGGGCAGAAACGGAAUUACUAAAAGUCACAGCUCGGGUUUCUUCCAGCAUUAGUAUAUCUGCUUCAAGUGGUAAAAUUUUCAUUCCACUUAUUAUGGGAUUCCUCAUGGAAAAGGUUAGCAACAUGUGGUUUUGUUAUAUAUUGAUUUGUCAGACUGCAAUCGUGUGUCUUUUGUUUAUUUUCCUAUUGAUGUUUAAUAGAUUGUACAUAAAUAGAGUAUAUGGCACCGUGACUUUGUUAGAACAAAAUGUAGGAGAUAAUGGACAAAACCAAUGUUCAAUAACGCAGGUCCAAGGGGAACAAGAAACGCUAGUGGUAGAGUCAUUAAACACAAGUCUGUGA